AUGUCUUACGUCAGAUGGUCCAGCAUCCCGACAUACGAAACCCUAUUCGAAGACCUUGGCUACACUACGCCUGGCGAAAGGAAGAAGAUCAAAGCGAAGGUCAGAAAAUUCAGAAACACGUAUUCAGCCGCCAGAAGUCUCGAAUGCAAAGGCUUCACCAACUCGCACUUGGCCGAACACCAGAAGGAACUUGGUGACAUUGUCGAUGCCUUUCUGAAUAAACACGCAGAACAGCUGUGGCCGUCCGACGAACAUGCAUCUCAGCAUAACAGACUACAGUACCCUAAAAACGAGACUGAGAUUAGAAAAGUGAUCUUCAAAGUAUUUUGUCGCCAGACUUACUGGGCAGGGAAAUACUCGAAGAAGCGAGAAAGGCAGACAACGAAGGCGAUGGACAACCAAGACUCCGAAGACUUCGAAGACGACGAUCCAAAUCCGGAAGACACAGACCGUACGGUGAAGGACGUCUCCAGCCACGUUGUAGGCGGGCACCUUGAGACCAUACAUGUUGCGCCUGUAACCACCGCGACAAUCCUGCAUACACCAUGCAUGGAAACAUCGAUACACAGAUCUACGAAACGACGCGCACCCCCUGUCCGCGAUGCUCCACCUGCAAAACGAAAUCGACGACGUCUUACAGCGUACAUGAGCCGUAGGUCAUUCCAGGACGAUAAUACCAACACCUGCCACGAGCAGGAGAAUACCGUGGUAGCCGAGUGUCCGGCUCGAAGCUCAUAUGAUCAGCCGUACGACAACGCAGACUCGGCCGACGGCCCCUCAAUGUCAGCGAGUGAAGCUCGUGCCGGAACUAAUUCCACUUGCUCAGUCGAAUCUAGUAUUGCCGACGAAGCCGAGCCCGUCCCAGAUUCUCGAGCCUCGAAAGCAACCGCUGGACAGCAGUCGCCAGUUGGAGAAGAUACUACCCGUGCUGUGUCCACGGACCAAGCUCUCGCAGAAACGGGCCCAAUCGAGAGGACGACUGCGACCACUCAAGAAGAGUCGAUCGCAGAAGCACAGGCAGCGAGAAGCUAUGAUCCGGUCUUACCUGUCUCACAUAGGUUGAUCCUCGGCGGCGAGGGAACGCGAAUUUGGUCCGGUAUGAACAAGACAGUUCAGUCUGCACCAGAGGUUGAGUUCACCUACGGCAUUACCAUCCAGUACCCAGUGCACCUUAGGAUACCGUGGACCCCCAGGGGUCACCUUGCUUUCAAAACCCUUACCGACAUGGAGACUGAACUCAAGACAGUGCUGGAGGAAGGCUUGACCCGAACGACAGGCAAACAGGACUUCACUGACCUGAAGGACUUCCGGAUUGAGUCGUGGCGUUUCGAUAUAAGUGGUCAUGGCGCAAUUUUAGAUUUCGACGUCAAGGGUGGGAUAGAAAAACAGUUCGACCACAUGAAGAGAAAGGCAAAGCAGGAGAUGCAACUAGCGAUUCAGAGGUCACCGGAGUCGAGACCGUCGUUCAAUAUCGAGAUUCAGAUAGUCACCAGCCGAGAUUCGGGGAUCAGGCAGACGAGCGGCCGCAGCUUUGAUUGGUAG